AAGAUGUUGAUAUAGAGAAGGGCUUGAGUCUUCACUCACAAGAAUGAGAGCUAGAAGUUAGUUACUCAACCUGAGAAGAAGGGAAAAAUAGAGUGCCAAACAAUGUUUUUCAAGUACUUGCUAUUCUUCCUUCUCCUUAGCAGAUUUAGUGCAUCACAACAAGAAGAUGUUGGUUUCACCUACAAUGGCUUCAAAGGAGUUAACAUGAGCUUGGACGGGUUAGCCCAGAUUACAGACAAUGGCAUCCUACUGAUGGCAAACACCACAAAGAGAGAGGUGGCUCAUGCCUUCUAUCCCCACCUAGUUUCCUUCAUUAAUUCGUCUAGUGGUAAUGUUCUCUCCUUCUCAACCACUUUUGUAUUUGCUAUGUCCUCUGAGUUACCAACACUAGGAGGUCCUGGAAUCGUGUUUGUGAUCUCACCCUCCAGAAGGUUCCCUGGAGCUCUCCCAAGUAGUUAUCUUGGCCUCUUCAACACCACUAACAUUGGUAACUCAUCCAACCAUGUAGUUGGAGUCGAGUUGGAUACCCUCCAAAACACAGAGUUUAAUGACAUCCCUGAUAACCACGUCGGUAUUGAUAUUAAUGACUUGAAAUCUGUUAAAGCUGCUCGGGCAUCUUAUUUUAGUGAUCAGGAGAAUCGACGUGUGAACCUCAACCUUAUCAGUGGACAUCCCAUGCAACUUUGGGUGGAGUAUUCUGGUUCAAAGAAGCAACUUAAUGUGACAUUAGCUCCAACUAAUGUCCCUAAACCAACAAUUCCACUCUUGUCAUUGAAAAUUAAUCUUUCACGGUUCAUGGUAGAUCCCAUGUUCGUGGGCUUCUCAUCAUCUACUUCUUCCUUGGCCGUAUCUUAUUUCGUGUUGGGGUGGAGCUUUAAGAUCAAAGGGAAAGCAAAAGAACUCUCUCUCUCCCAACUUCCUAAGCUUCCUCGAAUGGGACCCAAACCAAAGCCUAAAAUUUUUACCAUUGGAUUUCCUGUGAUCGGUGCUAGUUUGGUGUUAAUAUUGAUCUUCAUCAUCCAAUUUAUUGUUGGAAGGAAGAAAAAGUUCGCAGAAGUUCUUGAAGAUUGGGAACUUGAAUAUGGACCUCAAAGGUUCAGAUAUAAAGAUCUCUACAUAGCAACCAAAGGGUUUAAUGACAAGGAGCUUCUUGGUAUAGGUGGCUUCGGUAAGGUUUACAAAGGUAUAUUGCCCACCUCAAAAGAAGUUGCAGUGAAGAGAGUAUCACAUGAUUCAAGACAAGGAGUCAGGGAAUUCAUUGCUGAGAUUGCCAGCAUCGGAAAACUGCGGCAUCGAAACAUAGUAACACUCUUGGGCUAUUGUCGACGUAAAGAAGAGCUCCUUCUAGUGUAUGAUUUCAUGCCCAAUGGAAGUCUAGACAAGUUCCUCUUUGAUCAGUCCACAACAAAGGCGAAAUUGAGUUGGAAGCAAAGAUUUCAAAUAAUCAAAGGUGUGGCAUCCGCAUUACUAUAUCUUCAUGAAGAAUGGGAACAAGUAGUGGUUCACAGAGACGUCAAGUCCAGUAAUGUGAUGUUAGACAAGGAGCUAAACGGAAAACUGGGUGAUUUUGGGCUCGCAAGAUUAUAUGAUCGUGGAGAAGAUCCUAAAUCCACCCAUGUGGUGGGAACAUUUGGUUAUCUUGCACCAGAACUUUCAAGAACUGGCAAAGUAAGCCCUACUAUGGAUGUGUUUGCGUUUGGGGUUUUUUUGCUAGAAAUGGCUUGUGGUAGGAGGCCAAUAGAGCCUCGAGCAUCAGAAGAAUGUAUUGUGUUGGUGGAUUGGGUGAUCUCAAGUUGGAAUAGUGGGACAAUUCUUGAUACUGUGGAUCCCAAAUUGGAAAUGAAUUAUGAAGUGGAAGAAAUGGAGUUGGUGUUAAAACUUGGAUUGCUUUGCUCCCAGUCAAUUCCAACUGCAAGGCCAUGUAUGCGACAAGUUGUGAGGUAUUUGGAGGGAGAGGUUCCACAACCAAAGCUGCCAUCUCUGAGGCGGAGCGUUUCUGCACCUUCAGAAGGUCCUUACCUGCUUGGGAAUUCAUCGAGUCCAUCAUCGAUUGCAAAUUCUGUACUCUCAGGAGGACGUUGAUUCUGUAGUCUAUGUGACCCAAACUAGCAAGGCCAGGCCUUUCCUGAUAACAUGGACUGAGCCAAGUCAUAUCUAUGAAGCCUAUGAGCUCUCUAUAGUUGUUUACUGUAAGUUAAUUCUUUGGAUGAAUAAUUAUUGUAAAGUUCAAUUAAGGGGUUUAGUCGAUUUCUAUUUUUACUACCAAA